AUCACCACGAAACAAGAGGGAUCACUUCUCCUCACCAGCAUCGCCAUCGCUCAACAAUGGAUCAGGAAGAACUUAUCAAGACACGACUCAGCAUCAACGAAAGACCAUUAAAGAGGCUGACAGCUCGCUUUUACAAAUGGGCAACAUCAUUAUCAUCUGGCACAGAAGAAGACAUUGAAAAUGGUCUUCAAUCCCUACUUCUCGAAAUUUCACAGUUCCAGCUGGGGCUUUCCAAAACCAAACUCAUCACCGACAUGGCUGAGCGGGAGCGCCUUCACUAUGACCAGGACCAACGCCAGAUCGAGGAGAACAUCUCCAAAUCAGAAGAGGAACUUCAGGUCCUUGCCUACAAACUUGAGGAAGUCAAACAAGAACGUGCCAACAAGAUCAAAUACGAUGAAUUGGCUACGGAGGUUUCAAAAUUUCCGAGCAGGGAGUCGAGUGAGCAGAGCAUCGCGAAUUUGCAGGCAGAGAUUCUAGAACUGGAGCAACAAGCAGUGAGACAGAGCGAAACUAUGGAGCUCAGGAAAAAGCAGUUCUUUACGGCAUUGCAAUGUCUCCAGAAUAUUCAAGAGUCAAUUGAGGAGGAUCAGCGUGAGGAAGCCAAGAGGUUAUUCCACACAAGGACACAUCACGAGGAAGAUGACGAUGAAGAGGGAGGAUUCGUGGAGGCCAUGGAAGUUGUUGUUACUGGCACCGAAUCGGCCCAGGCAGCUAUAGACGUGAAUGAGAUGGAACAAAUGUCAUCACAGGAAGGGCAGUGUAUGACGAGUGACAAAAGAGGCGGAUCUACGAUGGCGAGCCCUGCGCUGAGCGCAUCACAUACCCCAGGAGGAGGUGAUGAAGACAUACCAGGAGAAGGGGACGAAGGAGUGAUGCUCGUAAUGAAUCUUCAGCACAGCACGUCGAACGACUCCUUGCGACCGACACCCGUAGGGACGCCCGGAAGAGCCCAUCAUCCAUCCUCAACACCGCCUUCACGGUCUCUCACAGCUACACCCAACCCUGCGGACAUAGCCAUGAAUAUGGACGCCUUUCUUGCAGACGAUAAGGAUCGAUAAUUUAGGCUAAAUAUAAAGUCUUUAUUGGAUUGAAUGCCUAUAGAUAGGGGCUGUAUAUUAGUGAGGCCAAUAUCACGGUUCUCUGGAAUGUUGUAGACACAGGGCGCAGCACUUGUUAACAUCAUAGCAUACCAAAACUUUUGCAAUGACAACAAUGGUAAGACUUUCAGUAUCGA